UUAUUGAAAUUAAUCGGAAUCGAAUGCAAAUUUUCAUUCUUUUUUUGACGUUAGUCUGAUCGUUUAUUUUUUCCAUUAAAAAAUGCCACCCGAUAAUUUUUUCACCAUCAAAGACUUUAUAAAUGAAGCCAAAGAUGAUUUUCAUUCGCCAACAACAUCGACAUUUUAUUCGAAUGUUUCCUAUUGUAAACAGUUGGUCAACUCUAUCGAAGAGGGCCUCGAUCUUGAUAGAAAUGGAUUGUCUAAAAUGAAAAAAGCUGUCAAAGCAAUCUAUAAUGGAGGAUGUGCAAAUAAUGGAAACAAAAUCAUAUUGUCGGAAUCGUUGGAAAAAUUGGGCAUCAAUUCAUCGAAUUUACGCGAAAAAGAAGAAUUCAUUGGCGCAGCGUUCGUAAAAUUUUCUUUCAUAGUUAAAGAACUUGCUGCUUUGGAAAAAACUUUAAUGCAAAGUUUAUACAAUAUAAUUAUGUUUCCUGUGGAUAACGUUCUUAAGGGCGAUUUGAAAGGUGUAAAAAAUGAACUGAAAAAACCUGUAGAUAAAGCGCUUAAAGAAUAUGAAAUUAAAAUGAACAAGCUUGAAAAAGAGAAAAAAGCGCAGGCCAAAGAAGCCGGAUUGAUACGGACUGAGAUAACCGGAGCUGAAUUGGCAGAAGAAAUGGAUCGUGAAAGGAAACAGCUUCAAUAUCAGAUGUGUGAAUACUUAAUCAAAGCUAAUGAUAUUGAUAUGAAGAAAUCUUUCGAUUUGCUGCUUCAUUAUAUUGAAUAUUUUAAUGCCCAAUGUAAAUAUUUUCGCGCUGGUCUUGAAGCGAUUGAACAAUUUCAAUCUUUUAUCAGUGAUUGUACCGUACAAAUACAGCAAGCACGACAAAGAAAAGAGGAAGAGAAACGUGAAUUGUUCGAAUUGCGAUCAUUGCUUAAAUCAUCCAAUGCAUUAUCCGAUACUUCCUUGAUAAAUACGAGUUCAAUAAUGAAUGAUUCACAUCAUUCAGAUCAAUCCAAUAGACGAUCAGUUGGCUAUUAUUCUUUACACCAGCCGCAAGGUAACAAACAAUAUGGUUGUUAUAAAUCUGGAUACUUGUUGAAAAAAUCCGAGAGCAAAAUGCGGGUAAAAGUAUGGCAGAAACGUAAAUGUGAAGUCAAAGACGGAUUUCUUUACAUUUGGCAUUCUGAUGAAUCAAAAUCUCCAACCAAAGUUAAUCUGUUAACUUGUCAGAUUAAAACCUGUCAGCAACAACAGAAUGUGCAAUCACAAUCCUCAACAAAUGAUGAUAGAGCCCAAUCAUCAUUGUCACAAACAUCUAACAUGACGAAUUCGACUAGUGUUCCACUUAAAAAUUUUGGAACUUAUUUCGAUCUCAUUUCCUAUAAUCGUACCUAUCAUUUUCAAGUAGAAGAUGAACAUGAUGCUGAAGCUUGGAUAUCGGUUCUCAUAAACAAUAAAGAAGGUGCCCUUAAAAAGGAGUUUGAUAACUCCACUGAUAAAGUUUCGAAUUCUGGAUUAACAUCUUCGUCAUUGUCCAUGACGAAUUCCAGUAAUCGAUUUGUAAAUUCAACAAAUAAUCCUGAUUCAAAUCUUCCUAAACUUCGUCAAAACAUAAUUGAACACAUACAGAAACUGCCUGGUAAUGACUGCUGUGUAGAUUGCGGUUCUAUGCAAGAGCCAACUUGGCUGGCCACCAAUUUCGGUGUAUUAACUUGCAUUGAGUGUUCUGGAAUUCAUCGUGAAAUGGGAGUACACGUUUCACGAAUACAAUCAUUAACAUUGGAUAAUAUCGGGACAUCACAGUUGUUGAUUGCAUCAAUGAUGAGUAAUAAUGGUUUCAAUGAUAUUAUGGAAGCUGGCUGUAAUAUUCAAACAUUCAAACCUAAACCGAACAGCACGAUGGAUGAACGAAAUCAAUUCAUUAGGAAUAAAUAUCUUCAUCGAAAAUAUAUUAUUAAAACCUGUACAUCUGAAUUGGAAUUGCUAAAUGAUCUCGAACAGGCUGUUCAUUCGAAGGAUAUAUAUUUUCUGCUGCAGGUUUGGGCCGAAGGUGCAAAUUUAAGUGCACCAUUACCAUCGAACUCUUUGAUGGAAACAGCAUUACAUCAGUCAAUAAUGCGAGAAUAUGAUGGCUACUCACUUCAUAUUGUUGAUUUUUUAAUUCAAAAUUCUCCCGAUCUCAAUGUGAUAACUAGGCCGGAUGGUAAUACAGCCCUACAUUAUUGUGUCAUAUAUAAUCGACCAGAAUGUAUGAAACUAUUGCUUCGUUCGAAGGCCAAUUAUUCCUUACGAAAUAAAAUGGGUAAAACUCCCAUGGAUUUAGCUCAAGAUGAACAGAAUUCUUUUUUAAUUCAAUUGCUUGAAUGCGCUGAAAAGAAUCAAAAAUCAAUGUUCGAGAAUAUUGUCAUUCACUAUAAUGUCCAAAUAGAGGAUCCAUCUACCGAUUUUUCUGAUGAUGAUCUUGAUGAAAAGAAUGGUACGAUUAGAAAUGCCGAGGAAAUUCGCCGUGUGAAUCAAUUGAUGUUUAGUCAGAAUGAACAAUCAUUAUUGACGAAUAAUCGAAUUCGUUCAAGCAAUCGGAAAUUUUCUUUUCGCUAUCAAACUGAAAGUGAAUCUGAUUCCACUGAAUUGAAAAAUAAUGCUCAGGCCUCUCUUUUCAACAAUUCUUCAGUCAAUCAGACUGCGGGACCAUCUUUUUCUUCAGCUCAAAAUUCUCGACCAUCAAGUGUUGUUGGAGAUUUUUAUUCAACUGUUGUGAAUAUUGAUACUUCCAAUGCAAAAGCUGCAACUACUGUUACUAAUUCCGAUUUGGAUUCCAUCGUUCGUGGUAAUGUUAUUCGCAACAAUAGCAGCGGAACCAAUAAAUUUAGGUUUUCGACCGAAUCCGAGCAUCCAAUACCAACACAUAUGCCGAAUAAAGAUGGUAUGUCGAAAAAUGUUGUUGAUGCUAACGCAUAUGAAGAUCCAUGUAUUGUUACCGACUCGCGACCUUUUUUGAUAGGUCAUUCUCGAGCAGCAUCAGCUGAUAUAAGCUGUGAUCCGAAUUCCUUAAAUUCAAUUUCGAUUGCCACUAAUAACAAUUUGCAACAGAAAGUGACAUCGAAGAUGAGUCACCAUAUCCGAAACAAUUCUGUUGAUAAUUCACAUGUCACUUCCGUCUUUUCUACUCCUGGUUUGACUGUUAAACAAUCAAACACGCCAUCUACCAUUAAUAAUCAGCCACAACCAAAUAAACCUGCUAUUCCUCUUAAACCAACAGGCAUAGUUUCCGUUUUUGUUCCUGGGUCAAAUACAGCAGCGACAGGAACAACGUUAACAACAACUUCGAAUGCAAGUAAAAAAGCUGGAAUUUCGAAUAUUUAUGGUAAAUUAACGACGACCACAUCGACGAUUCCAGCAAAAGUAGACAAAUCAGAUAAUAGAUCACAUUUUGCUAGAUAUCCGAAUGAAAUGUCUGUUCAGCAAAUAAAUGAAAGUAGUGUUCAUCAUCCAAUACCACCACCUCGAAAGAAAAUUCACGAUUCUCAUGGAACAUCUGGAAAAUUUCGUAGAUGUUUAGCUCUUUACGAUUGUGAUGCUGAUCAAUCUGAUGAGAUUUCAUUCAAAGCUGGAGAAAUAAUCACAGUCAUCAACGAAAUAACCAAUGACGAUGAUUGGAUGGAAGGAAUGAUUGAAGGCGAUCCAUCGAGGCGAGGGUUAUUUCCAGCCAUUUUUGUUCAAUUCAUUGAAUAAUUUAUUUCAUUUGGGUAUUUAUAUAUUAUUUAUAUAAUACUUCAUUCAUCAAGCACGACACUAUCUUCCUGUUAUUUAAUAAUUUAAUAAUUAUGUUAU